AUGUCCUUACAAGUAAUUGAUCAAAAUGAAUUUCAACAUAUUUUAAGAAUUUUAAAUACAAAUGUAGACGGUAAAGAAAAAGUAAUAAUUGCAUUAACUGCUAUUAAAGGUAUUGGAAAAAGAAUGGCAACUGUAAUAUGCAAACAAGCAAAUGUUAACCCAACUAAAAGAGCAGGAGAGUUAACAAAAGAAGAAAUCAGCAAUAUUGUUUCUAUUAUGAAUGCUCCAACACAAUUUAAAAUUCCCGAUUGGUUCCUUAAUAGAAGAAAAGAUUUAAAGGAAGGAAAAAAUUUACAUGUUAUAGCAAAUCAAUUAGAUUCUUAUUUACGUGAAGAUUUAGAAAGAAUGAAAAAAAUUCGAUUACACAGAGGUUUACGUCACCAUUGGGGAUUGAGAGUUCGUGGUCAACACACCAAAACUACAGGAAGAAGAGGAAGAACUGUAGGUGUAUCUAAGAAGAAAGGUGCAUAA